CGUGGCGCGAAUAGGACCACGCCUCCAGAAAUUUUCCCGCGAACUUCCACAGUGUGUAUCCUGUAGCAGACUUUCCCCUCUCAUAUUUACUCAAACCACAGCGGUGUAAACCACUGGUUAGAAAAGCAGGACAAUGCGCUCCAGGCGUCAGCAGGCCCCGCCCCCCUCUACAAGAAUGAACCUGAGGAGUUACCGGAACUCGGCUCAGGUCCCAAUGGAGACCUCGUCCUCAGAGGACAGCUGUGACAGCUUCGCUUCUGACGGCUUUGCACCAAUGAAAAGACCUCUCAGGCAGACAAGAAGCUCAGCUCGACAGGAAAAAGUGUUAGAAACCCAGUCAGUGUCGGAAGAGGAACGCUGCGGUGGUUUUGAGGAAAGCGACUUCAGUAAUGAGAUGAGCACCAUGAAAAUGGAUUCAGACUCCGAAUCAGAACCCCAGAAAAAAUCUCGUCGCUCCUUCACUCUUCGAGUGGCCAUGAAGUUCCCCAGCAAAAAUGUCACUCAGAAGAAAUCCCCAAGUCCUGAGCCUGCUCCUAAUCCCAAAGACAAAGAAUUGGAUUCUGAAGAAGAGGACUUCAUUGCAAAGAGAGCACUUAAUAUUAAAGAGAACAAAGCUAUGCUGGCUAAACUAAUGGCAGAGCUGAACAAAGUCCCUGGACUUUUCCCUGAGAAGACAUCUCUUCCUGUGAGCAAUACACCUCGCCGUGUUCCCCGCCGUUCUUCGGGCACCCCUGGAACUCGCAGGCAGAACCCAGAACGUUUGUCACGGAUUCACACACGUUCCCGUUCGCUGGUGGAUGGCCCCCCUACUCCUGUUCUUGAAGAAGAGCUUGAGGACAAGUUCAGCCUGGUGCGCAGGAGCAGACAAGACGAUGGUGAUGAGGAACCGGAGCCGCGUCGUCGGCGCACCUACAAUGGCGUUCUUGCCAUCCCUCACGUGGUAAGACCUGUGGAGGAGAUCACCCAAGCUGAGUUGGAUAAUAUUUGCACUAACGUCAGAGAGAAGGUCUACAAUCGUGCCAUGGGCAGCACCUGUCACCAGUGUCGCCAGAAGACAACUGACACCAAGACUAAUUGCCGAAACCCUGAGUGUGUUGGAGUCAGAGGUCAGUUUUGUGGCCCUUGUCUGCGGAACCGUUAUGGAGAGGAAGUUCGUGAUGCACUUUUGGACCCGGAGUGGCAAUGCCCCCCAUGCAGAGGCAUUUGUAACUGCAGCUUCUGCAGGGCCAGAGAGGGGCGCUGUGCUACAGGUGUGCUUGUCUACCUGGCCAAAUACCAUGGCUAUGACAAUGUCCACGCUUAUCUGAACAGCCUGAGGAAGGAGCUGGAGGAGAGUGAGUGAAAAUGCUGACCCUGCUGAUUUUAAUCCAUGGCCUGUGUUCAUCUUUUGGUUUUGUUCAUAUGUUUUUUAAAAUUUGCUUUAGGACAUUAAACACUUUAUGCAAGUUUGUGCCUUAUGAGUAGACAGUUGUUAAUGGACUACCUAAGGUGUUCAUUUACAUUGUUUUAAAUGUAAUGUUGCUCAUCAUUGACUGUAGUAACAUUUUUUUUUUUUUUUUUUUUUUUUUUGCUGUCUUAAAGAUUGUACUGUAAUUUUGCUUACAAUAGUUUUUUAGCUUGAACUUUUUAUGACCGAUAAACUGUAAACUAUUGGUGGGUUGUAAUUUCAUAAACCUCUGCUGCUUCUGCCUUCUAAAGGGUAAAGGAAGAAAAAAAACAGACCAUUAUCUCCCUGAGGAGAAAAUCAUUUCAAAUGUUAAACAUGGCACAAUUUCUCCAACCAAUAAAAGCUCCUUUUAUUUUUUAAA